UAAAGAAGAGGAUAAUCAAAAGACACAUAGCGGGUGAAACGAUGUCGUUUAGGAAAGUGGAGAAGAAACCAACCGAAAUGGGCCGACACAUGACCCACGAGAAGUCGAACUCUGAUUCGUACAAAGAAGGAGCUCCCAUGAUGGCUCCAGGUUACACUGAAAUGGUUAGCCGCAGCGACGAGUCUGACUGGGACGAUCUUGUUGACUCUGGCAAAACCCGUGCUAGCCUCACCGCCAUGGAAACUGCUCCUAUCAAUCGUUUCAGCCGCAAGAAUUUCUCUAAUUACUAAGCAUGCAUGUAAGAGAGAUGGCUUGACAACGUAAAAGUGAAAAAUGAAGACAUGCUCAUUAGGUGAAGGCUCAUAUGAAUUAGUAUGUAUUAUGUCUGAAUGUAAUGAAUAAGAAUAUAAGAAUUAAUCCAAGGAUGAUGGAUGCCUCAUGAACGAACAUAUCGGUGAUGACAAUCUCAUUGGUAUUAUGCGGUUUAUAUACAAAGUAACUAUGGAAUGAUAAUGUUACUUAAUUA